AAAGCUGUAGACCAAUAUGAUGGAGGUGUUCAUCAACAUCUUCAACAAGCGGCUGCGAAGCGAAGAAGGUUAUGAUUCCGACCGGCUGGCCAAGCAGAUCAAGCGAGAGAACGAUGGCGAGACUCGACAAUCCAAAGCAAAGGCUGCGAAGGAAGCCAAAAGGCACUCUGUAACUUUAAGGCGCUCUGCAGCCUUGGACUUAAUCAGAUCAAAGACUCUCCAGCAUGAGGAUGGCCAAAUUCCUACGUUUACUGUCCUUUUGGAUAGGGUACACAAGAUUCUCAACAAGGCAGACCCGAUAUCCGAGGAUAUGAUUCGAGUCAUUGUGCCAUACAUUGUUUCGAUCUUUGAGAGCCAUUUGAAAGCACCAGUCGAUGUCGAAGUAUACAUCAGGCUUGCUUUGCUGAAGCCCAGAAAGAAAUUCUUUGUCAGAGCAAUCUUCAAUGCGCUCAGCAGUCAAAUCUUCCAUCAGGUCUUUCAGUCUGCGGCACCCGGGCUUGCAUCACACGCUCUAGUUGAUAAUAUUCUGGCGAUGCCGCUCGCAAUUGGACCACAACAACUUGCAUACUACGAGUCCAAUCGGCCUACUCUGCCUGCACCACCGCCAGUUUAUCAGCAAUUUCAGCAGUUGGAGCCGGAAGUUGGCAGUGCUCAUAUUGACGACAAGGUCAGUACUUUGGUACAACCUCCCGUCAUGGAAGAACACGCGGUGGCUAAACAACUAGAAGACGUAUGCAGUCUAUCUUCGUCAAUCCUCCUUAUCGAUCUUAUUAGCGACGCCGAGCAUGUUGCAAAUGUGUUCAAGGCCGCACAAUAUCCUUCGACUGCGCUUUGGUUGGAUCAAGUCCCCGUUCCAUGUUUGCAAGAAGAUUUUCCUGCCGCCAAGUACCUUAUGGACGUUGGAACCAGCAGUCAAGGAGCUCAAUCAUUGAGUACAGCGAAGGCUUACUUCUGUCACUUGUGUCCCAAAGGUCAAACUGAGUCUGUGGAUUGUUUCACGGAGCAUAUGUUAAACAACCACCGUAUUAUAUCUACAGGGGAGAUUACGCAGAACCUCAGUCCCUAUGGAUGCCGAUACUGUUUCGGAAAGUGGUUGAGCCGUGCUGAGCUGUUCGACCACUUCAUGUCCAGUUCAGAAUGUGUAAUUGGAAGCGUGCCAGUCAGCAGUGAUCGGUGGGAUUGA